AAGCAACACGAAGCACCCUUCAUUCAUCUCCACCAUUUUUCUCUCUCUUCACUGUCUCAAGGUAGAGUGAGAAACAAACCCCAGCCUUCCAGGGUUUCAAGGUUUCUUCAUUCAUUCAUUCACCCAACCAACCACCUCCUUCUCCUUCUCCUUCUCCUUCAUUCACACAAAAAGUUUCCAUUUUGAAGCUUUUUGCUUUGUGGGGUGUUCCUAAUUUUGGUCAUGUACGUGGCGGCUUCCAUGCGUAAGUCCUUCAAGGACUCAUUGAAACUCCUUGAAGCUGAUAUUCACCAUGCCAAUACCCUGGCCUCAGAUUUUCCUAGGGAAUAUGAUGGAGCAUGCCUUCAGAUGAGAAUGUCAUACAGUCCAGCUGCACACCUGUUUCUUUUUCUGGUGCAGUGGACAGAUUGUCACCUUGCUGGGGCCCUUGGAUUGUUGAGAAUCCUAAUUUACAAGGUGUAUGUGGAUGGGACAACCACCAUGUCUACUCAUGAAAGAAAAGCAAGCAUUAGAGAAUUCUAUGCGGUCAUUUAUCCCUCUCUGUUGCAACUUCAGAAAGGCGUUACUGAUACUGAGGAUAGAAAGCAGAAGGCUGUGUGCAUGGAGAGGUAUCGCAGAAGAGAUGAUGAAGAGUACUGGCAAUCUUCUGACUUAGACAUUGAAAGAGAAGAUGAAUGUGGAAUAUGCAUGGAGACGAAUAGUAAGAUUGUGUUGCCCAACUGCAACCAUGCCAUGUGCCUGAAAUGUUACCGCGAAUGGCGAACAAUAUCACAGUCAUGCCCAUUUUGCCGUGACAACCUGAAGCGAGUAAACUCUGGUGAUCUCUGGGUGUUUACUGAUAGGAGGGAUGCGGUAGAUAUGGCAACAGUGACAAGGGAGAACCUUAGAAGGCUUUUUAUGUAUAUAGAUAAGCUGCCUGUGAUUGUUCCAGAAUCCCUUUUUGACACAUAUGACUCACACAUAAGGUAAGUGAUUGCAACAGAUAUAUUUUAAUGUACGCUGUUGUCUUGGAUUGAUAGUUACUAGCUUUCAAUUCAAGUGAGUCACAUAAAAGUCGAAGCUGAUUUGGCAAAUUUAGUGUAUCUUAUAUAUAGAGUUUCAGUACUUGCUUCCCACUUCUACCAGAAGAAUCCAGCCCUUUGUUAUUGUGGGUUGCUGGUGAAGUUGAGAUGGUAAACUGUAUCUAGCUAGCUCAUUUGUAUAUUCCUGUACAGAUGGAAUUACUUAACAAGAGAUUUGCACAUCCUGCUCCUGUGGAAUGACUAAGUUGUAUCACUUGAUUUAUCUAUGUUGCCUUUUCCUGCAACCAUA